CCUCGCUGGGGAGUCCUCCCCCCCCCGCGUGGCUGAUGUAGGAAGAGUGAUGCGAACACAAUACGAUUCCAGGAAUCCCUCACUUCCUGGAACAGAUUAAAAGGGGCACACAAAAGAUUACUAAGGAGGUUUGCUUUUCUUUUUUUUCCUCCUUCCACGGAGCCUCAUUACUCCGGAGCCAGCGCAAAGGCAGGUCGCUGCUCUCCGGCUCCUCCCGGGGAGAUCUUAUUUAUUGCUACCUAUUUAUUACUAUUUCAGAGCGCUCUGAGUAUUUUUUUCUAAAAGACUGCUCUGAAGGAAGAUUAGUUCCUCUUUAUAUGUAAUUUCCUCUGGUUAUUUUUUUUUUUUUUUGCUGCUGUUUUCUGAAAAGCAGAGGAAGAAUACAUUAUAUUUUCUGCACACGUUUUCCUGGCCAAAGUUGCUAAAGUCUGUCUCGGACAGCUCGCCUUCUCUUGGCUUUUCCUGUGACUGGAACAACCUCCUGCGGAAAGGGUUUGCUGGGACUCUCCAGCCUUCUCUCCCCGUGAACCCCAACUAGAGGCUGAACCAGCUGCUUCGGGGAAGCAAAGGCGGCAAGAAGAGAAAAGGAGAAAGCAUUUCCCACGUUCUUGAAGACUUAAUGCUUUUCCCUUGGUCCAGGAGUGACAUGAUCCUCUGUGUUCAGGGACCUCAUCCUUUGCUGGCAGAGGAGAAGAUCAGGAGACUGUCACUCAGGGGCAUUGAGGAACUGUCAGAGCCCAUCAUGCAGCCUCUCCCAGUUAUGGCCUUCCAGGAGGAGUCUGCGCCUGCCUUUGCAGCUCCAGUUCCAGACAGCAACCCACCUCAGACACGGGACCCUGAAGAAGACCUUCUCUGCAUUGCAAAAACCUUCUCCUACCUGCGAGAAUCUGGUUGGUACUGGGGCUCGAUCACUGCCAGUGAGGCCAAGCAGCAUCUCCAAAAGAUGCCUGAGGGCACCUUCCUGGUUCGGGACAGCACCCACCCCAGCUACCUGUUCACACUCUCCGUCAAGACAAACCGAGGUCCCACCAACGUGCGCAUCGAAUACACCGACAGCAAGUUCCGGCUGGACUCCAACUACUUGUCCAAACCUCGCAUCCUGGCCUUCCCAGACGUGGUCAGUCUUAUCCAGCACUAUGUCAUGUCCUGCACGACGGAAAGCAAGACCGAGGCUCCUUACCCGCCUCCAUCUCCUCUACCUCCCCUGCAGAAGGAGCUGGCAGCAGCCGCAGUGCACCUGAAGCUCAUCCGGCCGCUCGGCCGCAAGGACAACAUUCCCAGCCUGCAGCACCUGUGCCGGCUGCGGAUCAACAAGUGCACGGCGGACGUGGACCAGCUGCCCCUGCCCCGGCGGAUGGGGGACUAUUUGAAGCAAUACCCUUUCCAGCUCUGAACCGUGGCUGCUCUAUCUCAGGCAGAAACACGAGAACUCUGUGCCUCCGUCCCGCUAAAACGCGGCACCGGGUGGGCACAGCAAAGACCUGACUGGCAGCAGAGACUGCAUCCAUCUUCCCUCUCCCCUUCUCUCCACGUCCAUUCCAGCCAGGGAGGAGUUGGUUUCAGUGAUCAACGGGACACAAGCGGAGCUCUGAACCUCGGCCUGUGCCGGCAGUGGCUGUGGAAGGCACUGUGGGCAUGGGCACACUACUUGAAUUUCAGAGCUGCUGUGACACCGGGCACGUUAACGUUGUUAUUUUUGCUAUUUAUUUCCGUGGCAGUUUCUCUCCUCAUGGUAUUUUAAAAGCACCUUUUACUUUAUUGGUUUUUUUGUUUCUUUUGUGGAAUUAGAGAUAGGAUAAAGGCUCCCAGCCAAGUGGCAGCCAAAGUUCUGUGGGAAUUUGGAUUAGGAUUCACAUCCAAACAGCACCUGUUUGAGCCUGUCCCUGUAACAGGUUACAGGAGUCCACAUCCAAGCUCCCACAGACUUUUGGGUAUGUGGAACUCAGAAGACUGUACCUGGACUCAUCUCUACAGUUUCCUUCCUUAGCUACAGGGGGUAUUGUAACCUCAGAGCACAGUGGGAGCUCCCAGAGACAGGUGCUGCAUCUCCUCCCAUUGUGGACAGGAGACUUCUUUGAGGAAGCCCUUCUUCCUUGAGAGCUCUGAGCAAAGAUUCUGGAUAUUGAGCUUGGGCCAGGGAGCACUCAUCUCAUCUUUUUUCCAUCUUCUCCAUCUCCCAAGGAAGUUUGUGACAAAACAUUCAGAAACAAGUAAUCAGAAACCCAACCUUCUCACAGGCAGGGAGAGGGGUUUGGUUGCAGAGCACCCUGCGUUUGGCUUGUGUUUUGAAAGAGCUCCUCUCUGACAUUGCCCUUGCCUGGUCGAGACCAGGGUCUGCUGGAGCAGGGGCUCAGAGACAGCUCUGCUGAGCUGCACCAGGGACACUCACAGCUUCAGGCUAUUUAUUUGUUUAGUUCUGGGGGAACACCUCAGAAGCACCUCAGCAGAAGGAGCUGCCCCCCCUCUCCUGACACGGGGCUGAACUGCCGGCUGCUCUGCUGCUGCCAGCGUGAGUCACGAGCCACUCUUGUGGCUUCCAGCAGAUCCAGGCUGCAGCACACACUGGAAACCACAAUGCAAGGUUUCUGUUUGCCAAGGUCCAGACCUCUCCUCGCCCCUGCUCUGACUUGCAUGUUUGUUAUCCCUAAUUAGACUGCUGGCUCUGGGUUUACUUGUGGUGCCCCAUCCCUUUCACCCCCUGCAGCUGAAGCACAAUGGCUCUGCCCUCACUCUUUUGCACACAGGAGGGACAAACAGCAGAUGGGAUCUGCCCAAAACCAGCACAGACAGAGAAGUUGCCCUUUCCUGUUCAUUUGCUGAAUCCCAUCACCUUCCCAGCCCGUAGGAGCCAGUCCAUGCCACUGAGUGGAAGUAGAGAAGGGAACAGACAGGUCUAGAGAAACUAUUGUUUGGCUUAUUUUUCCCCUAAGACCCUCCAACUUGAUCAAGCAUGAACCAAUGUUAAGGAUUCCUCAUUCAUCCCUACCUGGGACUGUCUGUGUAAGGGUCUGUAAAUCAGAAUAGGCAAAUCCCAGCUAUACCUGAGGGUUGGGAGAGAAGGUGGAAAAGGAUGGGAUGGUGACCCAGGAGACAAGCUCCAAAAGUGGGUGGAGUUUCUUCCACCCUCUCCUAAAGCUGCCUAAAGGGACAAAAUGGCCUGAUGUGCUUAGUCAGUGUCCUUUUUUUUCCCCCUCUCUCCACAUUUAUACAAGUUUGUGCUCUUGCAAGCUUUGUUUUUGAUACUUUGAUGAUUGACAGUGUGCAUGUGUGAUGUCAGGUUUGCUUUUUGGUAUAUCCUUCCCUCUUGCCCCAUAUGGCAGCAACCAUGGGAAGGUACUGAAUGAGAAUGAAAAUGUAGAAGGCAAAACAAAAAGGAAAACUUUUUUUUUUUUUUUUAAAUAAUAUAAACCACUGAAAAGGCUUCCUUUUAUCCAAACACCUCUAUCUGCCUGAGGACACUGGGAACAAGGAAACCACAGCUCUUGAAGGAGCAGCAGUGAUCUCAGGAAGCCCACACGGCUCAGCCACAGGCUUGGUGUAACUACAGCUUGGGAAAAAUUAGUUGGAGAAGUGUACAGCAGGAAAGGGCAGGUUGUGCAGCUCUCUGAAACUUGCCUCCUACUUGAUCUCUCCUCUGCUGGGGGGUGAUGAGGAGGCCAAGCUGCAGGUUUGAUCUCACUGCCCCAAGAGAGCCCAGGAGCUCGUGGUUGACCCCUGAGGCAGAGGCCAAGCUGAGGGCUGUGAGCUCCAGGCAGGGACCAGCUCUGUUAUGUGUUUGUUCUGCAUCUAGCACAGUAGGGAUUUCUAGGUGCUACUGCAAUACAACAAAUAAACAAUACAGUUACUCCAAAAAGUCAGCCUCUUCUAUCUUGAGACAGUUUGUUAAAAAUCAUUUGACUUGGAUUUUAAAUAAACAUUUUAAAUAUA